AUGGAGAUGGGGGCUUUCACCGGCGAUAACCAGCUUAUCGGCACCGUGCGCCAGAGGUGUGUGUGUGUGUGCAGCCAGUUCAGACAAGGGCGGUGGGAGGGUUCAGAGGCGAGCGGUUGUCCGUGCCAUCGGAGCAUGAAUGAGAUGCCCAAAUAUUCUCGGUUGCUACAUACCCUGAGCCUAACUUUUAAGGCAGCCUGUUGCCUGCUAGGAAACAUAAUCCAUCACGUACACUUCUUUGAUGGGAUCUGCCUACCAGUCCCUGGGAUCUGUCUCUUGGUCACACUUGAAUUCAGGACUGUGGGGAAUGUUCUCCCACCAUCCCUAAUUACUGUCCCAUCUGGAUCAGGGUGAGUCCAACAAUAUCUGGCAGCUCUGCUCUGAUUUGAAAAUCUGGGGCCGCCCUUGGGCCUGAUCCGGAAGCUCCAGCUGGUGCAAAACUCUGCAGUUGUUGAUGGGGACAAACCAUUCCAGCACAUUAACCCGGUGCUCAAAAGCUUGCAUUGGCUGUCCAUACGCCAGCAGGCGAGAUUCAAGGCCCUGGAAAAUUGAGUUCCUGGAUACUUCCAGGACCGCCUGAUGUUCUUUAUUGAUCUCUGAGGUUUACGGGAGAGUCACUGUCAGGGGUCCCCCAUGGCUCGGAUAAGGAGAUUUGCAUUUGCUAUUGUGGGUCCAAUUGUGGGGACUUCCCUUCCAGUUGAUUUCUGACAGUGUGCCAACUAGAAUAAAAUAUUGUGGGGGCCCAGGUAAGCCCCGCCCGGAUAAUCAAUCACAUGAUGCAAUGCAUACACACCAUUUAAAUGGGAAUGCCCAUCAGCUUUGUGGGGGUCCGGCCCCCUCAAAUGUUUUAUUAUGCCUCCACGACCCCUAGGACUCCUGUGCUGACAAUACUCCUCCAUUUUGAACUUCAGGCAUCGCUGAAGACUAUUCCAGCAGGCUUUUAACCGAAUUCUAAUUUUAAUCAUUCUAACUCUUUUAUUGCACAGUGGAACCUCGGUUUUCGAAUGUAAUACAUUCCGGAAGACCGUUCGACUUCCGAAACGUUUGAAAACCGAGGCACAACGGGCAGUCAGCAAAAUCCAUUGAGAAAAUAGAAAAGCAUGCAGUGGAAACUGUUUGACUUCUGAGGCAUGUUUGAAAAGGGAAGCAAUUAUUUCGGGUUUUUGGCGCUCGAAAACCGAAACGUUCGACUUCCGAGAUGCUCGAAAACCGAGGUUCCACUGUACUGGGUCUUAGAGACCACUGUAAAUUAAGCAGGAUAUAAAUUAUCAAAAUAUACCAACGAAAUGAAAUGUCUUGGGGUGUGGCUAUGGAACUGAAAGGGUGGACCUUGUAGACAAGGCCAAUCUCAGUUCCCCAGUUCUGCGUUAUUGUCGACAUUUGAACAAAGCAGUAUGAACUGACCCCCUGUUGGAGUGGGUGGGCUUCCUCUGUCCUGUUGGCUUGGAGAUUUAUCCCAAUCCCCAACCCACAGCUGCUCCCCUCUACUGUCUCCGUGCCUCCCACAAGACUCACCCGCUGAUGUGCUUAGGUGCCGCAUCUUCUCCCAUUUCCUGGAAGUCAGUGAUGCCUGUGGUUUUGCCACCAUGAAGAUCUAUGGCUCCUGCAUUCCUAGACGGUGCUUCUCCGAACAGGAGUUCCAGGUACGGAAAGAGGUUGAGGGGCCCAUGACAGAUGGGAAACAAGGCGUCUCAGAAGGGGAAAGUAAGUUUUGCUUUGUCAGAGAGAUCAACACUCCUUCCAGGGUGGAAGGUGGUGGCCCAGGGAUGGAAAUAAUAAUAAUAAUAAUAAUAAUAAUAAUAAUAAUAGGCACUACAGAAAUUCACCAUGGGCCACAGGGUGCAGCUGAACCAGGUUCCACAAUAAAGGAUCCCAUAAUAAAUUACACACACACAUAUAUAUACAAUAAUAAAAUAGUAAUAAUAGAGAUUAAUGAUAUGUAUGUGUAAAAACAAGAUUCAGCCAUGCUGAACUUUAUAAAGUAAUUGGAGAAGACAAUAUUGAAUAUGCCUUUCCAAAUGUAGACGUUUGCUUUCAUACAUUUUUUAAUGUUAAUGGUCACAAAUUGCUCAGCUCAGUGUUCGUUUUCUCAGCUGAAGUAUAUUAAAAAUCCCAACGGAACAGCUGUGCCACAAGGCAGGCUGGGUGCCUUAUCUCUACUAAGCAUAGAAACAGAUGUGUGACAUUAGAUUAGUUUUAAGGGUCAGGUCAAAGAACUUCGCAAUUAGAAAAAGUAGGAGAAUUUUUUUCAGAUACAAAGUAUACAGACAUAAACAAUAUCUUCCAUCUUACUGCAGGUUUCGUUUUGUUUCAAAAAGUAGAAAUUUAUUACACAGUUUAUUGUGGUUCAUAUUUUGAAUUUUAUAUAUAUGGGGGCACCAGAAUCCUUUCAGUGCUUAUAAGGGUCUUAAUCCGGCCCUGAGAAGGCCCUUCCACCCAUCCAAGUCCCAGCGGUGAUGUUGGAAAUAACCCACCACAUCAACCUUCGCCAACCCGGUGCCCGCCAAAUGUUGUAGUCCAAAACAUCUGGAGGGCACCAGGUUGGCAAAGGCUGCCUGAAAGCAAGGGCAGGGAACACUCCAUUCACUCUCAUUAUCUUCCCAACGACACUUCAUCAUCACCACAGCUCCGCUGACUUGAUGUGAUCAUUCACCCAUGGAUGACAGAGUGUCACUUCAAUUCAAGAGCCCUGUGAUCUUGCCAUGGGCUGUUGACGCCUUUCAAAGUUAGCUCCACACCCUUGACUUGCUCCUUCGAUGAAAGCCCGGCUGGAGCACCCUUGUCUCAAGAAGGGAGAGCCCAGGGUGCUUGCUCACAAUGACAUCAUUGUGGGGAGAUGGUUUCCUGUAGGUCCGGCCCUACCGUUUGGCAAGGUCAGGCAUCUGUCUCAGGCGGUACAUAAUGGGCAGUAGCACUGAAUUUCUGGAAGACAGAGCAGUCUUCCCAGAGCUUUGAAAGCUAGCCUGCUUCCAUCAGGUGUGAAGGACUUUCUCCCACUACCGUUGCCGAUGUGAGGGUCAGCAGCCACCUGAGGCAUCUUGUUCUCUGCCUCAGGUAGCAAAGUGUCUUGGCUCCCAGCUCAGCGCAGCGUUCAAAUGAAGUUUCUCCCAUGUUGAUCAUUGAGCAUGACCUUUGCUCCUCCUCUCUCCAGGUCCUCUCCUCCACUGACAGCGUAGUAGCCACUAUUUGGAAGAAGUGGCCGGGAUUCAAGGAGGAACGCAACAUGGAUCAUGAGUCCUUUGGAGUGGACUUGGGUAGGAGAAUUCCCGUCCUCUUUUGGGCAGAGCACAAAACAUUGCAACCUGAUUGUCAGUUGAGACAUCUACUUGCUGUCUAGCUGCUGUUGUUUAGUCGUUUAGUCGUGUCCGACUCUUCGUGACCCCGUGGACCAGAGCACGCCCGGCACUCCUGUCUUCUGCUGUCUACCUAUAUUAUGCUAAUAUUCUUUUAAAAAAUCAGAGUCCUUAGUUUAGCAUUUGCAGAAGUGCUCAGGGUGCCUCUAAAUUGUUGUUAGCAUGCUAGAAGGGAGGAGAGGGGAGAGAAGAAGGGGAAACACUCUUACCUCUGAUGCACAAACACAUAUCACAGAAACAAAACACUGGAGGGGACUUUGUAGGGCAGUGAUGGGGUAAAGGUAAAGGGACCCCUGACCAUUAGGUCCAGUCGUAACCGACUCUGGGGUUGCGGCACUCAUCUCGCUUUAUUGGCCGAGGGAGCCGGCAUACAGCUUCCGGGUCAUGUGGCCAGCAUGACUAAGCUCCUUCUGGCAAACCAGAGCAGAGCACGGAAAUGCCGUUUACCUUUCUGCCGGAGCGGUACCUAUUUAUCUACUUGCACUUUGACAGGCUUUUGAACUGUUAGGUUGGCAGGAGCAGGGACUGAGCAACGGGAGCUCACCCUAUCGUGGGGAUUCGAACCGCCGACCUACUGAUCUGCAGCCCUAGGCUCUGUGGUUUAACCCACAGCGCCACCCGCUGGGCAUAAUCAGGCAAGCCAGACCUCUCCAUCUGGACCAUGAAGCUGAUUCAGGGAGGCUAUGCCCACCUCCCCUACACGUGACAUCUGACACCUGGGGGGAGGCAAGUGAGGGUGCGGCUUGUUCAAAUGGACCUUGUGGGUGCUGAUGAUUAGUCAUCCCUGCAAAGCCUUCUUGCGCAGAGGAUUUUCCCACCUCUCCUCUGGCCCUCUGGCCUCAGGCAAUCCCCAGAUCUACUUCAGAUGUUUCUUUGGGGCGGGGGACACACACCCCACAACAAAUUUAGGGGGUGUCCUUAGGCAAGGCAUUUUUGCAUGCCUGUUUCCACUAACAUAUGUGUUUUAAUGCACGCUUUACGUCUUAAUACGCAAUGCUUGGCUGGAGAACUUCACUGCAAAAUUCAGAGAAGUGCAAAUGGCGGUGUUUCAGUUGGCAUAUUGAUUCAGAAAGUGUUCACCUGUCGGAUUCCCUCCCCUCUACAUAGAAGUAAACCCCUUAUUCAGUGGAGCUCAGUAGCAAGCAAGUGGGCAGUUUAUGCCUGCUCCAGCUCCCUAGAGAGAACCCCCACAUUCUGAGGUGCCCAGCAAAUAGAGCAUGAGACUCUUAUUCUCAGGGCUGUGGGUUCGAGCCCCAGGUUAGGCAAAAGAUUCUUGCAUUGCAGGAGGUUGGACUAGAUGACUCUCAGGGUCCCUUCCAACUCUAUAGUUUCUAUGAUUCAGCCACCUCAGAGUUUCCUGCCUCUGUGACAGAUUUCUCCUGUUAUCCAAGCAGCAAAACUGACUCCAGCAAGUUCCUCUAGCUCAGCUCUUAGCUUUGAAGGAUGUUGCCUUUCUCAGACUCUGAUGGGUAUUCCAUUCCAAUAGCAGGAGAGACAUUCCCAGUUCUUAUCCGUCAAUCCUUUGAUGCAUGUCCACUCGCUCUUUGUCAUCCAAAUGCCUUUUGCUGGGCUUUGCGUGUUCUUCAUUUAUACUGCAGCACUCAGAAGCCAGCUUCGUGGAGCUCAGGGACACUUACUCCUCUUGGGCAAAGGACGGGAGAAAUUCAAUUUCGCUUGUGCUUGUAAGGGUGAACCGUCCUAAUUCGCACUUCCAGAAACAACACACGAGCUUCAACAUCAAAACAGGGCUGCUUUUUGAAAUGAACACUUGUCUGAAUUUCACAAUGAGUUCCUCUGGCCAAGUAAUGCGUACCAAGAUGCAUAGGGUGUGCACAGAAUGCAUACGUUGGUGAAGAUAACAUUUAAAAUGUGCUAUAUUGGGAGAAAUGGCUAUGCAGAAUGUAUAUAUUGGGGGAAAUUGCAUAGGAACGUAUGUACAUUAGGAGAGUUUUGCUGGUGGGGUUUAAUGAGGACCUUAUAAAAUAACAAGGGACACAGGUGGCGCUGUGGGUUAAACCACAGCGCCUAGGACUUGCCGAUCAGAAGGUUGGCGGUUCGAAUCCCCGCGACGGGAUGAGCUCCCGUUCCUCGGUCCCUGCUCCUGCCAACCUAGCAGUUCGAAAGCACCUCAAAGUGCACGUAGAUAAAUAGGUACCGCUCUGACGGGAAGGUAAACGGUGUUUCCGUGCGCUGCUCUGGUUCGCCAGAAGCGGCUUAGUCAUGCUGGCCACAUGACCCGGAAACUGUACGCCAGCUCCCUCGGCCAAUAAAGUGAGAUGAGCGCUGCAACCCCAGAGUUGGCCACGACUGGACCUAAUGGUCAGGGGUCCCUUUACCUUUACCUUAUAAAAUAACGGAGACUGAUUUGGAAAUUUGGCAAAUGUAACUUAAGACUGGGGAACUGAGAAACUGAGAAACUGAGAAACUGAGAACUGGCCUUCGCUAGAUAGGAUCGCACCAUUUGGCUGCAGGCGUUAACCUCCAAGGGAGAAGGUCGUCUGAGCUCUGGGUGAUUUCCUUAUGGGGGAAAAAACAUGCACAGGAGUGACUGUGAAAGUGGCAGAAGAGAGCUCUGAAUUUCUGCUAUACCGGGGGAAGGUGUGCAACUCUGGGAAAAUGUAGAACCCUCCAUAUUGUCAGUCAGUAUGGAAAUGGGAGCGCUUGAUUCCUAGCCUUGCACUGAUAAAGAGGAGUUGAGUAAGUGGGAACGGCAUCUCUUGAACCCAACAAAACACAAAUGCUGGAAGUUGGAAGAGAGGUUUCUCUUCCCAGCACUUAGAACCGACCCGUUCCCAUCACAGGGAGACCAAUUUCACACUUUGAAAACAUUAGAUCUAGCUCAAUGCAGGCACACUCUUCAAAAGAAAGGCGCUUUGUGCAUGCUCAGAGAUAACUUCUCCCUUUAACUUCACCCCAGUCUUGAAAAAUACUCCCCCCCACCCCUUCUCAGGGGACAGGCUGUCUGUGCAUGGUCAAAGCUAUUUAGCAUGAGGUGGGAGAGUACUGGAAAACAAAAGCUGGCCUUAGCAACCCCAUCCCAGGAGUGAGCAGGGAAGUGUCCUUGGUGUGGCAAUAUUCUGUCCUCUUGUGAAUAAUACCCAGUUCUCUUUCCGGCAGUUGCAGCAGACCUGAGCAAUGAGGAGAGGGCUUUGCUCCUGGCUGCAGCAUUCCUGCUGGUAAGUGGUGAAGCUGUGGAUCGUUGCCGCUGUGUGUCCUCGGUGAGUCAGUAUCCCAGCCAGGCAAAAACAUUUGGGGGGUCGGGGGCAAAGCAGAGUCAGUGAGGACUGUGGCUCCCCCCAGAGACUUCUGAGAGCCAGGUGGAGAAGACUAGAGGGCAGCAUUUAGAGACCCUGGGACUGAGGUUCUCUAGUCUGGAUUUCAGUGUGUUAUGAUACUGGCUCUUUCCCCAAAUUUAUUCCUUUAAACCCCUUUCCUAACAACAGGGAAGAGACUCCUGCACAUCAGCCAAAUAUUGGCUGUGGGUAUGUAUCUCCCCCGACCCGUCCUGCAUGACAACAGGCUCAUAGUGCCCUCUGCUGGCUGCCUUUUGCAGCCACAGAUGGGCAAUGAUCACCUCCAAAAAAAGGACUCAUGAGUCAAGAACAGCUUGGCACUUUUUUGCACUGACUCGCUUUCCCUUUUCCCCUGAGAACUGGGCCCAAGCUGGUCACCCCUGCCCAAUGAAAUGUGCAUGCCCAUUUAUGUUACUCUAGUUCAUGCCUCUCCGUUUCUGACAAAACAGAAGAUUGCAACCUCCUUUUUGUGUUUUGUUUCCCAGAACUUCAUGUUCUUUGAAGUGAGCUGA